AUGUGGCUGCAGGUCAGAACAUGCCCAGAUCUCUCCUUUGCAAUCAACCUUCUCUCCCGAUACGAGGCAAACCCCAGUCCGACACACUGGAAAGCACUCCAGCACGUACUCACGUACAUCAAGGGCACUAUUCACUACAAGAUCACCUACGACCCAAACUCUCCUGACAGCCUUAACAUCUCUGGAUACUCAGACUCAGACUAUGCUGGUGACCCUGACACCAUGCGCUCUACUAGUGGGUAUGUCUUUACCAUGGCUGGUGGACCAGUCACAUGGAGCUCAAAGCGACAGCCAACCACUGCAUCAUCCACCACUGAGGCAGAGUACAUGGCCCUGAAUCGGGCCUGCCAGCAGGCUAUCUACAGUGACAAUAAGGGCUCUGUCGACCUGGCAAAAAAUGUGAAGGGCAUCACAAAGGCGAAACACAUCCACAUAAAACACCACUACAUUUGCGAACGGGUCAAUGAAUGUGAGGUGGAUGUCAUCCAGAUUCUGACAGAAUCAAAUGUUGCAGAUAUACUGACAAAGCCGCUACUGUGGGCAACACACAAGAAGUUUGUCCAUGCACUACAGCUCAACACUGCCACCAACACGUAG